AUUUAAACUGCAUCAGAAGCUCGCGCACUGGCAGUUGGCUGACUGAGGUCCUCGACUGUUUCAGUUUUCCAUUCUUGGCAUGAAUUUGGAAAUGGCUUUUGAUGACAAGAUGAAGCCUGUGAAUGACCAGCCUGAUCAGAAGUCAUGUGGCAAGAAGCCUAAAGGGCUGCAUUUGCUUUCUUCCACAUGGUGGUGCCCUGCUGCUGUAACUCUGGCCAUCCUUUGCCUAGUGUUAUCAGUGACCCUUAUUGUACAGCAGACACGGUUACUCCAGGUAUCUGACCUCCUAAAGAAAUACCAAGCAAACCUUACUCAGCAGGAUCAUAUCCUGGAGGGGCAGAUGUCAGCCCAGAAGAAAGCAGAAAAUGCUUCACAAGAAUCAAAGAGGGAACUGAAGGAACAGAUAGACACCCUCACCUGGAAGCUAAACGAGAAAUCCAAAGAGCAGGAGAAGCUUCUGCAGCAGAAUCAGAAUCUUCAAGAAGCCCUGCAGAGGGCUGUGAACGCUUCAGAGGAGUCCGAGAGGGAAUUGAAGGAACAAAUAGACAUUCUCAACUGGAAGCUGAAUGGGAUAUCCAAAGAGCAGAAGGAGCUUCUGCAGCAGAAUCAGAACCUCCAAGAAGCCCUGCAGAAAGCUGAGAAAUAUUCAGAGGAGUCCCAGAGAGAACUGAAGGAACAGAUAGACACCCUCAGCUGGAAGCUAAACGAGAAAUCCAAAGAGCAGGAGGAGCUUCUGCAGCAGAAUCAGAACCUCCAAGAAGCCCUGCAGAGAGCUGCAAACUCUUCAGGUCCCUGUCCACAAGACUGGAUCUGGCAUAAAGAAAACUGUUACCUCUUCCAUGGGCCCUUCAACUGGGAAAAAAGUCGGGAGAAUUGCCUGUCUUUAGAUGCCCAGUUACUACAAAUUAGUACCACAGAUGAUCUGAACUUCGUCUUACAAGCAACUUCCCAUUCCACCUCCCCAUUUUGGAUGGGAUUACAUCGGAAGAAUCCCAACCACCCAUGGCUAUGGGAGAACGGCUCUCCUUUGAGUUUUCAAUUCUUUAGGACCAGGGGCGUUUCUUUACAGAUGUACUCAUCAGGCACCUGUGCAUAUAUUCAAGGAGGAGUCGUGUUUGCUGAAAACUGCAUUUUAACUGCAUUCAGCAUAUGUCAGAAGAAGGCAAAUUUAUUGCUAACUCAGUGAAACUAAAGAUUCUGGAGAAGAACAGGAGAAGACCUUUGACUGUUGUUUUGAAAUUUAAGCUAUCCUUUCUUGGGUGUAAAACAUGUGGCCUUGACAGCUGUCAGUUACUUUCUAACUGCAGUUCACCUCAACAGAGACAAAGACCAGAAGCAAAAAACCGGGGGUCCAGCUGAUGGCAUCUUUGUAUCAAAAGUUGUGAAUUCAAUUGUUUAUCCAUGUACACUGGCCUGGCCCCUCCCAAGACUCCCAACCAACCUGCAAUCCUUUUUUUCUUUCUUGUUUUAAAUGAUGCCUCCUAUCUGACCUGGGGGAUGCUUUCUGCUCAAUUUCCUCUACCUCAGGUAUGCCUUCUGUUGCUGCAUGAAAGACAGAAUGUAGAAAACCUUCUUCAAGUGCAGGCAGAGGGCUCAAAGUUAAAAACGUGCCUAAGAAAUAGCAUGCAAAGAAACAGAACUGGAAAAGCUACACUGUAAGCAGGAGCUCAUGGCCUCUAAAAAGCUAUGGCUUGAUCUUCACGACUGGGGUCCAUCUCCAGACUGCACCAUUUACACAUUUAUGUUUUUUUUAUUUUAUUUUUAUUGUGUGUUUAUGGAUAUUUUGCCUAUAUAUAUCUCUGUGUACCACGUGAGUGUCUCCAUUCAGAAGAGGGCAUCAAAUUCUCUGAAACUGGAACUGCAGAUGGCUGUAAGCUACUACAUAGAUGUGAAGAAUUGAAUUCAUGUCCUCUGAAAGAACAGUACUCUUAACCAUGAGCUAUUUCUCUAGGUCCCAUGAUCAUUUCUUGUAUCAGCUAUUUCUUCACUUUUGCUCUACCAAAGAACAGAGCUUAAAACAGUAUUUUAUAAAGCCAUAGAAUACGGCCCCAAAACAAAACUAGAAUUUUUCCCUUAAAUUACAUACUUUGUAGACAGUCUCUCCUUGACCCUGUCAUGCCAUGCUAUGACUUAGAAACAUACAUGACCAAAAUGGGUGAAACUCAGUUGAAGAACAAGUUCUUAGAAUCACCUGAGCUGGGUAUAAAAAUAUUGUUCUAUGGGAACAGAUGGAUUUAGAAAUAUCUAUUAUCAGGGCCUCCAUCAUCCCCACAAGUCACAGACUCUUCCAUUUCAAAGGAAGCUUUCCAUUAUGCUAGAGGUAAUAUAGCAUAUAUGUCGUGUGUAUGAGUGUGUAUUUGAGUGUGUGAGUGUGUGUGUUCAUAUGCUAGAUACGUCCUUGAGAAGAUGAGACAUCGGCAGCUUUGUGUGUAAUGAAUUUGCAAUAAUCCAAAUUUGUAAGUAGUUUCCAUGGUUCCUUAUAGUGAUGACAUCACCACAGCCAAGAUGAUAAGCAUACCUGUUGUUUCUGCCCCUUUCCAAUGCUUCCUCCCUAGAACAAACACCAAUCUGUUGUCAGUUGGCAUUUCAUAGAGUUUAUAAUCUUGUUUUUAAGAGAGAAUCUCAUUAUAUAGUUCUGACUGCCCUGGAACUCACUACACAGACCAGCCUGGCCUCCACCUUCCAGAGUUCCUCCUGCCUUUGACUCACAAGUGCUAACACUGAAGGAGUGCACCACCAUGUAUGGCUCAUGCAGUUUAUGUGAAUGGAAUAGUAUAACACAUCCAGAUUUUCUCAGUCCAGUUUCUUCCACUUGGUGCUAUUAUUUUGGUAUUCAUACGUCUCUGCCUCAGUGUUUGUAUCAGUUCUUCAAUUUUUUUUUUUAAAUGUUGAUCAUUCCCCUGGUGGGUACAUAUUGUCAUUUUUAUCUGUGUAUUUGUUGAUGUCAUUUGGGUUGUUUUUGUUUGGGGUCACCUACAAAUAAAGCUGCUAUGAAUGCCCAUGGACGAUUCUGGUUUCUCAGGUAAGCACCUCUGAGUGUGACACUUGGGUCAUUCAGUGUGCAAAUAUAUGGUUGGCCAUGUUAACCAUUGCUUUUUGAAAUUUUUAAUUUUUUAAAAAAUUAGUCGACUUUACAUCUCAACUCCAAUUUCCUUCCCUCCUCUCCUCUCAAUCUUCACCCACCUCCCUCUCCUACCCCCAUCCACUCUUCCCUUUCUCUUCAGAAAAGAGGAGGCUUCCCACAGAUGUCAACCAGCCUUAGCGUAUCAAGUUGCAGUAAGAAUAGGUUUAUCUUCUUCUAUGAAAACCUUAAUUUUUAGACUUAUCACUGUAUAUGCAGUAUUUUGUUUGCAUGUAUGUAUUGGUACCACGUAUAUGCCUAAUACCAGAGGAAGUCAGAAGAGGGCAUUGUAUCUUCUGAGACUGGAAUUACAGACAUUUUUGAGCCAUCCCACAGACUCUGGAAAUUGAACCCAGGACUUCUGGAAAGUUAGGCAGUGCUCUUAACCCCUGAACCAUCUCUUCAGGCCCUAUAGCAAUUUUUAUUGAUACGUAACUGUGUAUAAUUGCACUUUUGGUUUGAAGUUCUUAAAUGGCAAAUAGUCUUGGAUUUAUUUUCAUGUUAUCAUUUACUGUCUGUACAUUUUCUGUAAUGAAAUAACUAAGCACAUCUUUUGAGAAUUUUAUUUUCUUACAUUUUAAAUCUGAAGGAUUUACAUACAUACUGGAGAAUUAAAAAAAAAGCCUAAUGUGGAA